AAUUUCUACAGCAGGAUGUCUGAGAAUAUGAGGACUGUAGCUCUUGAUGAAAAUGACUGGGAUGAAGAACCCCCACCUUAUUCAGCAACCACAGAGAAAGAUCCAGAGGCAGAAAGAAAAACAGGCUUCAACAAAGCAUAUUUAUUUUCUGUUGAAGGUGCCCUUAAAUUGAUAGAAAUUGUGCUAAGUUUGAUUGGUUUUGUAGCAGUGCUGGCAGGAGGCUGGACUGGUUCAGGGUUUGUGGGAUGGACAACGAUAUCUGCUUUCAUCACUACAACCAUUAUGUUUAUUAUUGUGGCAAUGAAUAUCUACUCAAGACUACCAGGGUUUUGGCCCUUAUAUGAACUGAUUUACCUCAUUCUUUACACAUUGAAGUAUUUCAUCUGUUCUAUUAUUGCGGCAGUAGGGGCAGCCAGGCUUCCAAGUAUUGUUGCAGCAUGUGUUAUAUGUGUGGUUGCAUUCGGUAUAUAUUUGUUGGAUACAAUAAUGGCAUACAAGCGUUUCAAGGUAGCGAAGGAAGAGCAGGAAAGGAGGCGUAACGAGGGAGAGGGCGGGGCUAAUCGGCGUUCAGAAACACAUUUUUGUAUCAUUUUCUAGACUAAACAUGUUGCAGAGACCAAGCAUCGAAAAAU